GCGCUCACGUUCAUGUCUCUAAAAAAGACACUUUGUGCAAAACUUUGUAAUCACAUGUUUUCAGCCAUAUGUGCUUGUAGUUAUUUUGCCUUUUGUUUCUUUAACCAGCGGCAUGCUCUGCUCGCUAUGGAGUAUGUCAGUGGAGGGACCCUAAGAAAUGUCAUCAGGAAUGCCGGCCAGCUAGAGAAGGACUUAGUAACAUUCUACGCAGCAGAACUGGUGUGCGGCCUGCAGUUUCUCCACUCUAAAGGGAUUAUUCAUCGGGAUCUUAAACCAGCUAAUGUCCUGGUAACCAACGAGGGACAUAUAAAGAUCGUCGACUUUGGUUUGGCAGCUGAGGGCGUGUUUGGAAAGAAAAAAAUCAAAGGCGCAAAAGGAACACUGCCCUUUAUGGCCCCAGAGGUAUGUGACUGUGAUUUAAUCUAAAUGCUUAUAGCAGAGA